AUGAUACUUUCGGUGUUGGUUUUAUUGCUCAUUUGGGACCAUAAAACAUGGGCUAAAUAUAAUCAGGAACGAAUCGUAGGUGGAGUGGAACUGCUUAUUCAUCUGUCACCCUGGUUGGCUUCCAUUAGUGUGCAUGGAAACUAUACUUGUAGCUCGGCAUUGAUAACAUCCCAGUGGUUGGUCACAGCAGGACAUUGUGUUUACUAUCCGGAUAGUUACUCCGUUCGCGCAGGAUCUACAUCCGCUGAUAAGGGUGGUCAGAAAAGGGAUGUGGUCAGGACUAUCCUCCAUCCUGACUUCAAAUUACGGACCCUGGAGAACGAUAUCGCAUUGCUAAAGAUUGGCAAACCGUUCACUGUUGGAGGAAGUGUUCAGCUGGUAAAACUACCGCUUCCAGGACUUAAUAUCCUUCCACAGACACUCUUUGUUGCCGGUUGGGGUAGUCCAGAUGCCAAUGAUAAUGAUGCGGAACCCAAGCUGCGCGGCACGUUGGUAAAGGUUAUAAAUCAGGGGCGUUGUCGUCGACUUUAUUCUCAUUUGGAUCGACCCAUUACGGAUGAUAUGGUGUGUGCGGCCGACGCUGGACGGGAUCAUUGCUUCGGAGAUUCAGGAGCUCCCCUGGUUCACCGAGGCUGUAGCUAUGGGAUAGUAUCCUUCGCUCAUGGAUGUGCUGAUCCACAUUUUCCUGGAGUCUACACCAAAUUGGCCAAUUAUGUGACCUGGAUAUUCCAUAUCCUGGAAACUGAUAACCAAAUGAAUUUUAUUCAAUAA